CAGGAAGUUGGAACUUUCUUUUUACGAGUCGGGUUUUAACUGAGGUUUCAGCGUUAAAUUACAUUGUUUUAGACAAGAAAACGAGCAGCAGGGAGAAUUAUCAUUGUUUCUUUGUAUGUAUGUUUUGAGGAAGUAGCUUUGUGGAUCAACUUUGUGCGAUUUGGAGUAGCAGGAGGACGAGCAGAACCUAAAACUGAGUGAAGAUGAUCGCAUCGAGUCUAUUAGCUAACUACUGUACAGAGCUACAUGAUGACCAGGCUCUUAAUGUGGACAAAUACCUGCACCACUUCCAGCUGUCGGAUAAGACUUUGAUGGAUCUGUCAAUACGAUUUCGGAGAGAGAUGGACAAAGGCCUGUGCAGAGACACCAACCCCACAGCUGCCGUGAAGAUGCUGCCCACGUUUGUGCGCUCAACUCCUGAUGGAACAGAGCAAGGUGAAUUCCUGGCACUUGAUCUUGGAGGAUCUAACUUCCGGGUGCUCCUUGUCAAAGUUAUGGAUAACGGCAAGCAAGAGGUGGAGAUGGAAAAUCAGAUCUAUGACAUUCCUGAACACCUCAUGAGGGGCUGCGGGUCUGAGUUGUUUGACCACAUAGCUGAUUGUCUGGCUAACUUCCUGGAGAAGUUGGGCAUAAAGGAUAAAAAGCUUCCUCUGGGUUUCACCUUCUCAUUUCCCUGUCAGCAAACCAAGUUGGAUGAGAGUGUUUUGGUGCAUUGGACCAAAAGCUUCAAAGCGUACGGAGUGGAGGGAAAGGAUGUGGUCAGCCUUCUGAGGAAAGCCAUCAAGAAACGAGGCGACUUUGACGUUGACAUUCUGGCGGUGAUUAAUGACACGGUGGGAACCAUGAUGACCUGUGGCUACGACGAUCAUCACUGUGAAAUUGGCCUCAUUGUGGGAACCGGCACCAAUGCCUGCUACAUGGAGCAGAUGAGGAACCUGGAUCUCCUGGAUGGUGACGAGGGCCGCAUGUGUGUCAACACAGAGUGGGGCGCUUUUGGAGACGAUGGCGCCCUGGAGGACCUGCGCACCAACGUGGAUCGGGAUAUAGAUGCAGGAUCUUUGAACCCUGGCAACCAGCUGUUUGAGAAGAUGAUCAGUGGCCUGUACAUGGGGGAAGUGGUGCGUCUCAUCCUGGUGAAGAUGACCAAAGAAAAGCUGCUGUUCCAGGGCAAGACUUCAGCAAAGCUCCUCACCACAGGGAGCUUCAGCACCAGCUUCAUCUACGGCAUUGACACUGACAAGGAUGAGGAAGGUGUGGAACGUGCGGAGGAGGUGCUCCGGGGCCUGGGUCUGAACCCGUCUGUGGAGGACUGCAUAGCCACGCAGCGGGUGUGUGAGAUCGUAUCGACCCGGGCCGCCCACCUGUGUGCUUCUGCUCUGGUGGCCGUGCUGCGGCAGAUCCGGGACAACAAAGCCGCGGAGAAGCUGCGUACCACUAUUGGAGUGGACGGCUCUGUUUACAAGAACCAUUCAGAGUUUUCCAGGAGGCUCCACAAGAUGGUACGGCGACUGGUGCCGGACUGCGAUGUGCGUUUCCUGCAGUCGCAGUGUGGCAGCGGGAAGGGUGCAGCCAUGGUUACGGCGGUCGCCUACCGUCUCGCCGCUCAACACGCCGAGCGCCAGCGCACCCUCGACACCCUGCGUGUGAGCCGAGAGCAGCUGCUGGAGGUGAAGAAGCGAAUGAGCGAGGAGAUGGAACGUGGCCUGUCAAAGCAAACCCACGAGCAAUCCAGCGUCAAGAUGCUGCCCUCCUACGUUAGAGACACUCCAGAUGGAACAGAGCAUGGGGACUUCUUGGCUCUUGACCUGGGGGGCUCCAGCUUCCGGGUGCUUCUGGUGCGACUGAGGGGUGGAAAAGGUCACAAUGUGGAUAUGCAUCACAAGAUCUACAGCAUCCCCCAGGAGACCAUGCAGGGCACCGGGGAAGAGCUUUUCAGCCACAUUGUCGACUGCAUCGCCGACUUUCUGGAGUACAUGGGCAUGAGUGGAGCAUCCCUACCUCUGGGAUUUACAUUCUCCUUCCCCUGUUUUCAGUCAAAAAUAGAUCAGGGAAUUCUUCUGAAGUGGACAAAGGGCUUCAAAGCAAGCGGCUGUGAAGGACAAGAUGUCAUCACACUUCUAAAAGAUGCGGUUCGCCGCAGACGGGAAUUUGACUUGAACUUUGUGGCGGUGGUUAACGACACAGUGGGAACCAUGAUGACCUGCAGCUAUGAGGACCCCCAAUGUGAGGUGGGACUCAUCGUAGGCACAGGGACAAAUGCCUGCUACAUGGAGGAAAUGCAGAACAUCGGACGAGUGGAGGGUAAUGACGGCCGUAUGUGUGUGAACAUGGAGUGGGGAGCAUUCGGUGACAAUGGGGAACUUGACGACUUCUGCACCGCGUUUGAUCACAUGGUCGACGAUUCCUCAAACUAUCCCGGGAAACAGAGGUAUGAGAAGAUGAUCAGUGGCAUGUACCUGGGGGAGAUAGUGAGGAACGUGCUCAUUGAUUUCACCGCUAAGGGCUUGCUGUUCAGAGGAAAGCUGUCAGAGCGCCUCAAGACCCGCGGCAUUUUCGAGACCAAGUUCCUGGCACAGAUUGAAAGCGACCGCCUGGCCAUGCGUCAGGUGCGCUCCAUCCUGCAGCACCUGGGCCUCACCAUCUCCACCUGCGACGACAGCGUGUUGGUGAAGGAGGUGUGCAGCGUGGUUUCCCGCCGGGCAGCGCAGCUCUGCGGGGCCGGGUUAGCCGCCGUGGUCGACAAAAUCCGGCAGAACCGCAACCUGAACCAGCUCUCUAUCACCGUGGGAGUGGACGGAACGCUUUAUAAGACGCACCCUCAUUUCUCCAGCAUCAUGCAGGAGACGCUGCAGGAUUUGGCCCCGCAGUGCCAGGUGACCUUCCACAAGUCGGAGGAUGGGAGUGGGAAGGGGGCCGCUCUGAUCACAGCCGUGGCCUGCAGGGUGAAGAAUGAAGUGCAGAAGCAGUGAAUCUCCUCUGGAGUUUAGAUCCGCACUGCCGCAACUUUGACUUACACAUUAUGUGCAUGUCGGUUUUUAAGGUUUGUUACAUAUUUAUGGUGGUAGCUGACAUGGCUCAGGCCGCUUGAAGAUGAACUUUAGAAAUGAUUGUUGAGUUUAUAUUUUUAGAGUAAUUGCACCUUCUGUUGAAUAUGACUGUUACGAGCUUCUGUUUUUAUUAUCACCCUCCCUGGUUGUGAUUUUACGCCUUCAAGUUACAUGUCUUCCACACUGACCUUCUCUUAAGCACUGUAAAUGUACAGUCUUUUAUGAAUUUUAAUCAAAGUAAAAUUAGGAUUUAAUUUCACUUCAUACAGUUGUAAACUUUCAGUCUUUUCUAAAUUUAAUUGAGUCUUUUUAUCAGGUUAAAUCUGCCGUCAAUAAGAAAAUCCGAGCUCGAUCAGCUGGAUUGAGAUGUGAAACCAAAGCUUGUUUUUGUAUUAAAUGUUUCGUUAGUGCCUAUUCAUGGGUUUCAGUCACGUGACUUUAGUGUCCUGCCGCCAUCUUUAGGACCGUGCAGAGCAUCGAGUGCUAAGCGCCUUCUAAUGGUUCGAGUGGGAAAUGGCUAGCCAAACUCAUCUCUCCGCGGAGGAGAAGCAGCGUUACGUGACAAAAACAAGUAUUUUAGAAUUGGAUCCAUAUGUUCUGCCAAAUGGCAUACUAACCCCGCUUUUGUCCGCUGAAUAUUUGCCAAACGUUUGUUUCGGCGACAUUUUCAUUUACCUGGUACACUACCCGUCGCCUUACAGCAGGGAGUCUCUGAAGGCGUUCAAAAGCACUGAGACGUACCUUUAUUUUCGAUCAGGAUGGGAACACGACCCGCGGAUUUAUCAUGUGAAGAUUAAGAACAUGUUCGUAAUCAUAGGAAAGGUAAGAUAAGUGUUUACGUACUAUGGUCUUAUUACUAUGCUAUUAAGUUGCCUGGUGCUUUUAACUGACCUAGCCAGCCAGGCUAAGUGAAAGCUAGAAGCUAGGCUAAUAAUUAACAUUCGCCAACGGUCGUCAAGAUGGCGCUGCGAUUCAUGUGUGACGUCACAUGAAACCCAUGAAUACUGUAAGGACUAAUGAGUGCAGUUCUGAUCAUGAAGUAAUAACGUUGGCACACCUUAAGGUGGGAGAACGAUAACAUAUUUCAGAGCUCUGACUGAAAGCCUAAGUGACAUCACUGUUGUUAACCAAACUUCCAAAAGUUAUUUUUUACCGGUUCUGCAAAGUGCUUAUCCUAUUGUUCGCUUCUGAAAACCAUCCUCCUCCUCCUUCUUCCUGUUAUUCUUCUGCUCUUCCUCCUCCUCCCUCUCUUUCUCAUCCUCGUCCCUCUUCUUCAUCUUUUUCUCCACCUCCUUCCUUUUCUUCCUCUUCUCAUCCUCCUUCUCUUCCUCUUGCUCGUCCUCCUUCCUCUUCGCAUCAUCCUCGUCCUUCUUUUCCUCCUCCUCCUACCUCUUCUCCUCCUCCUCCUCCUCCUUCUUCUAAUCAUCCUUGUCCUUUUUCUUCUCAUCCUCUUACUUCUUCUCCUCUUUCUCAACCUCCUUUUUCUCAUCAUCAUCGUCCUUCUUUUUCUUCUCCUUUUCUUCCUCCUCCUUAUUCUCGUCAUUUUUCUCCUCCUUGUCCUCCUCCUUCUCUUCCUCGUCCUCCUUCUUCUCAUCAUCCUCGUCCUUCUUUUCCUCCUCCUCCUUCCUCUUCUCAUCCUCCUUCUAAUCAUCCAUGUCCUUUUUCUUCUCCUUUUCUUCCUCCUCUUCUUACUUCUUCUCCUCUUUCUCAGCCUCCUUCUUCUUCUCAUCAUCCUCGUCCUUCUUUUUCUUCUCCUUUUCUCCUCCUCCUCCUUAUUCUCUGCCUUUUCUUCCUCCCCCUCCUUCUUCUUCCUCUUUUUCUCCUCUCUCUCCUGCAUUUAAUGUCAAUCAUAUUAUCGAUCAAUAAUGUGUCAGCUAUAACUUCAUUAUCAGAAUAAUAUGAUCAAAUGUUUCCAUUGCCAGACCAAAAUAUCUGCGCUGAUAUAUCUGUGUCCUUCAUCCUUGGUCAGAUAACAUUACACAUAUUCUAUCUUAAAUCCUUCAUUCGAGGGAAGGUUCAUUCAGAAAUCGCUCUUUGGGUUUGAAAGUCUGAGGAAAUCCACAAGGUAAAAGGAAGGGAUUCAUUUGUUUAGACUUUAUUUAUUUAUCUGUCUCGUGUUAUACAUGUGGAUGCUGUGUUGUACAGAGAACGAAAAAGAUAACCCUCCAUGGCCCUCGUCUGUUUGAGAAAUCAAGCAGAGCUGUACUCCCUAACAUGAUGUUUAGAUCGUCACAUAAACCCCAACAUCCAGCCGUAUAAUUACUACAAUGUGUGUUUGUUAGAGGAAUAAAUAUCACAUUGCUGUAACCAAUGGAAAACUCAAGAGACUGUCAAUAAAGGUCACCCUUUCUUCGA